AGAGAUGAAUUUACAACUGGAGUAGAUAAAAAAACCAUCAGUAAUCUGACAUCCACUUGUCAGUGAAUUAUUUGUAAUUAAAUCAUGGGCGAGGAGAUAUUCUCGGGAAAGGUUUUCGUCCUGAUUACUGGGGCAAGUCAGGGGAUCGGGAGACAAAUUGCUAUCACAUUUUCAGGACUUUUGGGGAAAGGCUCGAAAUUGCUACUCCUGGCGAGGAGUGAGAAGGGACUCAAGGAAACUGCAGGCAACAUUCCGAAGGGUAUCUCCGUGGAUUUUCAGGGGAUUGAUCUGUCUCUUGCCACUGCUGGCCAAUUGUCUGAAAUAAUCGAGAAAUCUGUGGAGUCAGUUCAAUUAGAUCGUGUUAUUAUUGUUCAUAAUGUGGGAACGAUGGGGGACACGUCGAAACUUACGGUGGAUAUGGAUGAUUUCGAGGAGUGGAGAAAAUAUUAUGACUUGAAUGUAUUUUCACCCGCUGUUCUCAAUUCUGUUGCUAUGAAAUUGUUUAGGGAAAAAGUGGAAAGGAUAUUUGUCGUUAAUAUUACUACAUUCAGUGCUUUGAAAUCUGCGGGGUACUACUGCUCCGGAAAAGCUGCCAGAGAGAUGUACUUUAAGGUUUUCGCGGAGGAAUAUCCUGACGUUAACGUCCUCAACUAUUCCCCGGGACCUGUAGAGACGAAUAUGUUGAGGAAUUUCUCGGCAACUGCAGGACAUCCGGACCAGAGAAAAAAAAUUAAUUACAUGAUCGCGCAAAAUCAGCAGCUGACACCUGAACAAACAGCUGAUCGUCUCGUUAAAGUCCUCAGAGAGCAGAAAUAUCAAUCAGGAGGACGAGUUGAUUAUUACGAUGGGAUGGCGCGACCUAGCCAUCGCCAAUAAACAUAAAACAUUGUCAAAAUUUUCAAAAAACUGCUUUUAUUGUAAAAAUAUUAUUUUCAAUUUACAAAUAUUGAUAUCAAUCAAUAUCUCAUAUCACAA